CGAAGAAAGCUGCCCCUCUUUUACUAUAACUCAUAACUCAGGAAAUUCCUUUCCACUCUAGAUUACUAUUGACUGUUCUGAGUUCCGUACCCUUUGACUCCCACUACAAAAAUACCCUUUCCAUUCCGUUUGGCUUUUAUUUAUUUUACCUUUUUCACACCUCAUCAUGUCCGCGAAGGUACCCAGAAAUUUUAGGCUUCUGGAGGAGCUGGAAAAGGGUGAGAAGGGCUUGGGUGCAGAGGCUUGCUCCUAUGGUCUGGCAGAUGGCGACGAUAUGAUGAUGAGCAACUGGAACGGAACUGUCCUUGGUCCCCCUCACAGUGUCCAUGAGAAUAGGAUAUACAGUCUCAAUCUUCAUUGCGGUCCCGAUUAUCCCGACUACCCUCCUACACUUCAAUUCGUCUCGCGCAUCAACCUUCCUUGUGUAGACCCCAUAACAGGCAGGGUGGAUCCCUCUAAGUUGCCUUGUCUUGCUCAAUGGAAACGCGAGUAUACUAUGGAGACCAUCUUGAUUGAGCUUAGAAGAUACAUGGCUCUCCCACAACACAAGAAAAUUCCUCAGCCUCAGGAAGGCACCAAUUUUUAAGUCUCCUGAACGAUUUGCAAGCCAAAACGGAGUAUUACGGUCGGUGUUCGCAUCAGGUUUAUUUGCAGUCCUAUUUUCUCAGUUUAUUAGAGCAUUUGUAGUCUAUGCGAAGCCUAGCUGCAAUAUAUGAACAUUUUUGCUUCGUCUCAAAUCCCGUACGCUUUAAGCAAUGAUGCUGGGGGCUUAGAUUAGAAGCUGGUAGUGCCCAGGUGCCUGUCAGUGCAUUCCUAGA